AUGACGGCAGAUCCGGGCGACGAGCUCCUCGCGCUGGCGUCCGCAUCGACUCUGGCGAAUACUGGAAAUCAGGUCCAGUCGAGCUCGAACGGCUUCCUAGAUGUCUUGGCGACCGGACUGGCUAUCACCGCCAGCGCGUUCCACAUCGCCAACCUUGACGUCCAGGUGCUCCUGCGCGACACCAACGCGCUCGAAGAGCUCAGCGAGGAUCUGCUCGCGCGUUUUGGAGGGACCCCACUGCCCACCAACCUUCCAAAGGCGCCAAACCAGUCGCCUUACUCCGUCAAGCUGCUGAGCGGCAAGAAUACGCCGUUCUUCAAGGAGAUUCUGCAGUCGCGUACAGGGAGCCUCGAGUUGCCGCCCCCCUGUGCCUGCCCUGAACAGGUUCAGGCUUCUCUUGUUGCUACCCAGACCAUGCUUGCCAAGCUCGGGAAGACGCUCGGCAACCUGCGCGACAGCAAGAGACGCGCCGAUACGGUGUCCCUGCACCUCCAGAAGCACGCGGAUGCGGUGGAAGUUUUCAUCGAAGACAUCACAGCCGUCCGGAUUCGGCAUUUACUGUAUUCACAGUGGUUGGAUACGUUCAGGGCAAAUAAUCCCCAUACGCGCAUGAAGCAGACGUUCUUGUGCACGUGCAAGCAGAUCACCAAGGAUAACGUGACAUCCGAUAGUUCGGGAAGUGAUGAAAGUGAAAGUGACGCCGGCGAGACGGUAGCUGUGGAUGGCGAGACCCGGCUGGGCAGAACGGGUAAGCCUUUCCGUCCCAUGCGGCUUCCGGGUAUCUGCACCUGGUGCAGCGGCGAGGGCAUGAUGUCGUUCCACUUUGGACCGCCCCUCUGCUCGCGCUGCAGAAAGCGCUACACGAAGGCGCUGACCGGUCACAUCCCUGGAGCGGCCUGCAGCUGCAUCGGAAACAAAAGUUGCAAAGGGUGCACCGUCAAGAAGGGCGCCGCCCUCGGCCUCAAGCCAGAAAAUUAUCGGCCGCGCUCGAAAAACAAUAACCAGGACGUCGGAGAACUCAACGACCUC